UGCGUCUGUUGUUGCUCGCUAACAGUGAGGAUGCUGUUGGACCGAUAAGCAGAGCUACGGGAGCUCUGUCUAUAUCUGGCUCCGGUGGCUCUGUUUACUUGGGUCGAUACGAGUUUACCCACACGCUCUGGGGUUCAGGUCUUGCUGUGGCGGUGGACGGGCUGGAUGGCCAUGUAGCUCCGUUAGCAAGUUGGCUGCUAAUGGGCCAGUUUCCCAAUCGUUAGGCUCAUUAGCAGGAAACCGUCAGUUAGCUUUUUUUCUUUUCUUUCUUUUUUGGUUGGGGUGGUCUAUUUGUGUCCAGGUUUUAUGUAAGCCGUUGUUGUGUCGUCGCUGCAGUUAGAUAACCGUAUUUAAUAUCACUAUGUGUCUGUUUGUUGAAACGGUGCAGCUUGUGCCUUUUAUUUCUGCCAACAGCUAGCGGUACCGUAGUGCUGCUAGCUGGGGCUAACGGGCUCAGAUGUCUUUGUUUCCAGCAGCAAACUGCUUUAUGGUGCGAGCGCAGGUCAGCUGUUACCGUUAGCACGUUUAGCUGCGAAAUUAGAGUAUUUUUAAUGUAAUAAAGAGGACAUAACGGUUUUUAUUGUGAUCGGCUGACAUGCAGCGCUCACUUGAGUGACCUUGGUAUCACCACACACAUCAGAUCGAUCAAAAAUAAGCCCUGCAGCUGGUUCCGACACCGGGGUUACCAUGGCCCUCAGCUCAGACUGCAGGCAGAGCAUCAUCUACCUGCUCCUUCUGUCAGGAUGCAUCGCUUCUUCUCAAAGGAACGACAACGUCUAUGUGUCUGGAUUCUCUAACGCCUGCGGCGACGUGGCGGAGCUCCUGCGGGCGUCCAGCGGCGUCAUCACAAGCCCGGGUUGGCCUUUUCAGUACCCAUCCAGGCUGAACUGCAGCUGGAACAUCAGAGCUCGACCUGGAGACUCCAUCACCAUUAGUUUCCAAGAUUUUGAUCUGCAGGGCUCCCAUCGCUGCACCUCCGACUGGAUGUCCAUCAGCACCUACAGAAGCCUGGAUGGCCUGCGCGUUUGUGGCUCCUCCCUGCCACCCCCUUACAUCUCAUCACAGGACCACGUUUGGAUCCACUUCCACUCUGACGAAAACCUGACAGGGAAAGGUUUCAGACUGUCCUACAUCACCGGUAAAGCAGAGGCAGCCAGCUGUGAUGUGGACCAGUUCCACUGCUCCAAUGGAAAAUGCAUCCCAGACUGGUGGCGCUGUAACUCCAUGGAUGAGUGUGGCGACAAUUCGGACGAAGAGCUGUGUGUGGAUUCCCCAUUCUCCUUCCAACCCUGCAACAUGAACCAGUUCCCUUGCCUGUCGCGGUACACCCGGAUCUACACCUGCCUGCCCCACAGCCUGCGCUGCGACGGCAGCAUCGACUGCCAGGAUCUCGGUGAUGAGAUCGACUGUGACGUUCCCACUUGUGGAGAAUGGCUCAGGAACUUCUAUGGUUCUUUUAGCUCUCCAAACUACCCAGAUUUUUACCCUCCUGGAAGUAACUGCACGUGGCUGAUUGAUACCGGAGACCAUCGGAAGGUUAUCCUCAGGUUUACAGACUUUAAACUGGAUGGGACAGGCUAUGGGGAUUAUGUUAAAGUUUACGACGGUCUGGAGGAGAACCCGCGCCGCCUCCUCAGGGUGCUCACUGCUUUUGAUUCCAGAGCUCCAGUCGCAGUGGUUUCAUCCUCCGGUCAGCUCAGAGUUCACUUUUAUGCUGAUAAGAUCAAUGCAGCCAGAGGUUUCAACGUCACCUAUCAGGUGGAUGGGUUCUGUUUGCCCUGGGAGGUUCCCUGUGGGGGAAACUGGGGAUGCUACACCGAGCAGCAGCGCUGCGACGGGUACUGGCACUGUCCAAACGGUCGGGACGAGCUGAACUGCUCUUCUUGUCAGGAGGACGAGUUCCCCUGUUCUAGGAACGGAGCCUGCUACCCUCGUUCAGACCGCUGCAACUAUCAGAACCGCUGUCCCAAUGGGUCAGAUGAAAAAAACUGCUUCUUCUGCCAGCCAGGAAACUUUCACUGCAAGAAUAAUCGCUGCGUGUUCGAGUCGUGGGUUUGCGAUGCACAGGACGACUGUGGGGACGGCAGCGACGAGGAGAGCUGUCCCAUCAUCGUUCCCACCAGAGUCAUCACAGCAGCCGUCAUCGGCAGCCUGAUCUGCGGGCUCCUGUUGGUCAUCGCCCUCGGCUGUACCUGCAAACUCUACUCGCUGCGCAUGUUUGAACGCAGGUCAUUUGAGACCCAGCUCUCCAGAGUGGAGGCAGAGCUGCUGAGGAGGGAGGCCCCGCCUUCUUAUGGACAGCUGAUUGCCCAGGGCCUGAUCCCACCAGUUGAGGAUUUUCCAGUGUGCUCCGGCAACCAGGCAUCCGUCCUGGAAAACCUGCGUCUGGCUGUGCGUUCCCAGCUGGGCUUCACCUCCAUCAGACUUCCCUCCUCUGGUCGUCAUCGCAACCUGUGGAGAAGACUCUUCACCUUCUCACGCUCUCGUCGUUCUGGUUCUCUUGCUCUGGUAUCUGCUGACCUGGAGGAUAGCUCUGGCACUGGAAGUACAGGGAGUUCAGGCUCGGACCUGCUGUCUCCUGACUCUGAUGACACUGACACAGAGGGAGAGAGGGGGCGGGAGCGAGGAGUGGGGGCAGUGGGCGGGCCUGUUGCCCCGCUACCCCACAAGACCCCGCCCGCUUCUGCUGUAGAGGCGGUUGUAUCAGUGGCUGCAUCUGUAACCUCCACGCCAAGCCGAGACCAAGACCGUGAUCGUCCCAGAGAGACCCCGCCCCCUUCAAGUCCUGUUACUGUGGUGACAUCCGGCUCCGAUCCUGAAUGUCACAGGGAAGUUUCUGAGCCCCAGCCUCCGUCAUCCACUGCCCUGCAACGCCUGGCCCAGAACCUUCACCGCCUCGCUAGAAAUCUGACCAGAACUAACCAGAACCAGCAGAACCAACCUUGGACCAAUCACAGCCCACUGCGCCAGCUGGAAACGGGAAGAAGUGGCGCUGAAGCUACUAUGCGACGGGCAAGCAGAGAGGAAGAGGAAGAUGUUGAGCUCCUCAUCCCUGUCUCUGACUCUGACUCCUCCUCCUCUUCCUCAUCGCUCAGCGACAUACGACAGCCUCUACUGGAGCCUCACCCGUCCUCCACUGCGGGGCCCACCCCCCAUCAUCAUCAUCAUCAUCGUGGAAAGAAUGGGCGGGACGGUACUUGUGAACAUUGUGGGAUGGUCCACACAGCUCAGAUCCCCGACGCAUGCCUCGAGGCUACGGGCAAGACGGAGAGCAGCGAUGAUGAGCUGCUGCUGCUGUGCUAACAGGCUAACCUGCCAGCUAACAUGCUAACUGUCCAUCGUUUUUUCCUCUCUUCAUACAUUAACCAACUGAUCCGCUAACAAGACAACUUACCAACAUCCAAACAACAUGCUAAUACAUCUCUUAACCUCACCCCUCUGCUGGCUAUAAUGCUAAUUUCAGGGCUGACAUCUUUCUCUCCAAAGCUGCAGCUAGCAGACUUGCUAAACGCCUGACUAACAUGCUAACACUGAGUAACAAACUAACUCUUCUUUUCUAACCAACUAGCUAAUGCUAUAGAUACUAGCCAAGGCUUUCACUUCAAUGGCUAGCUUGCUAACAUGCUAACACAUCAGCUUGAGCUUUUAUCGAACUUCUUUUACAGUUAGUUAGCAUGCUAGCUGGAUUAAAGGUUAGAAAAAUCUUUACCAAUCAGCAGCUCUGCUGUGAUGUCACUGUUACCUUUCGGUACAACCAAAAAAAAAUAAUUAAGGUUUUUUUUGGGUCCUUUGCUUGUUUACCAUGCCAACCCUACGCGUUGAGGCGCUAGUCAUUUUUUCCAUUUGCCAUUUUUUAGCGUCAUACCCAUUGUUCAAGGUACGGGAGAGUGCCGCUGGAUGCAGGCAAAUGUUGUUAAAAGACUCCAUUAUAUAUAAUAGGUGAAAACCUUUCUGAAAUAAAACAUUUUUGACUUUGCGAGAGAGCUGAAGUACAUGGAGAAAACCCAGGCAUGUUUGGAAAUGAAAGGAUGGUACUUCAAUCCCGGGUCUUAACAUCAGACAGCAACUAACUGUAGCUAUAAGGAAUGCCACCGUGGAUCCGGUUUAUCUUAAAUUCUAGGUGAGAUUUUGGCUUUUCUUCUAUUUAUACCAAUAAUUGAAAAAUAUUUAACUGUAGCAAAAACCUGAACUGAUACGCUGUGGUUCAAGCACAUAGGUACCAAUUAUUUUGUUUACAGUCACAAAAUGAAUCUAAGGGACUAAAUGGUCGUCAGAAAAGGGUGCUUAUUGGUACGAAAGUAAAGAGAUCCCUGGACAGUGAUGGUACUCUGUAGGCAAGGAUAUCAUUUUUUUUAAUAAGGAACGACCUGACUUUGGGAUUUCUGGGAACUCGAUUAAAGAAUAAUGUUUCAAAGGUCCUUGAAAUUUUCAGGCUGUCGUUUGAGGCUGUUUAAGGGGGAAAAGGGAAUGAUGUGGAUCACAUGACUGGUGGGGUUUGUCAAAGAGGCCUCCUAGCAGGCUGAUUUUAUCUUAAGAUUUAUUUUUCUGUGGCCAAAAAACCCUUUUAAUUGUUCAGAAUUUCCAUGAUUUUUACUCUGUUAGCUUGUAGCGCUAAGAUGUGACUUUGAAUUUAGCUGAAUGUAAAGUCACUGAAAGUGACACCUGCUCAAAAGAGCAUGGUCGAGAAUAAUAUGGGACAAAAGUGUCACAGCUUAUGAUACAAUUACACUUGUUUACUUUCUGUUACAUUUCUGAGACUGAGUUUUAUUGUAUUUUGAAAUAUAAAGCACAAUGUCAUUUUAUCAAGCUUUAUUUAAAUGGGUGUAUUUAUCAGGUACUAGGUCACAUUGAUCCUGCAGAGAGCAGCACAUGUGCAGCUGAUGCAGGAAGACAUCACCAGGUCAUGUGAUCCUCAUCAUGGUCAUGGACUUUUAUUUUGUUCACCUGUCAUGCUGUUGUUUAGCUUAUCUGGUCCUCUCAAGUUGAUGUUUUUUCUGCUCUGUCACUUCAGACAGUUUCUAUAGCAGAAUUAAGACUAAAAAGUCAAAUAGGUAACACAACUUGGGUCAAAAGCAGAGCGACAGCAUUAAUCACAUCUAAAUUUUAAUGUUUUUUUUUUAAGUUGUGGCUCCUCCUCUGUACCCAGACUGAAGCCAUUUAAGCAUCUGUAUUUCUGAUCCUUGUUACUAUUUUGGUACUCAGCUGACCAUGUGUGAGUGUGAUUGUGAAUAUUUAUUAUUCUUAAUAUUACGAUGGUUAUUAUUAUUAUUAUUGUGUGUUUUUUGUGGAGCAGUUUUUUCUGACUUGCAUGAUCCAAUUUGUUUGAUGUUUUUCUUUGUGUCUGUAAAACUAAAACCUGGUAAACUGCACUAAGGAUUAAAGGUUCACAUCAAA